AACUGUCUUUAGAGAAGGGCCCUUAUGCAUUAUGAUCUCGCUGAAACCGACUUUCAUUAAUCGCAAACACUCGGAUGCGUUCAUUGACUUGUGGUUAACAAAAACUUGUUUUAUGGAUUCCAACGAAAUGGAUUUCAAUUUUUCAUUCUUGCAGUAGACAGUAAGACGGAAUAUUAACAACCUGGAUGCUUUUCGCCUUUGACGUCGCAUCUAUGCAAUCGAGGAUAAUUAAAUCGUCCCCAAACAACAUGGACGUUCAUAAGAAAACAUGUGGAAGAGAUUCUUGCGUGAAACAAAUAUCAUCCAGUCGGAAAAAAAACACAACCGUCGAACCAGUAAACCUAUGCGUUGGUCUAAAGGUUCCGGGCUUUAAGGAAACACCAAUCUGCAUUUACGAUCCGAAAAUUGAUAAUUAUAUUUCGGCGUCGUUGGCGGCAAAAGGACUUUGGGAAGGUCAUCUGGUAACGGUUGUACACAAGAUUCUAUCACGAGAACCGGAAAUGGAGUUUAUGGACAUGGGCUGCAAUGUCGGAGUGUACACGAUCACCGUCGCUCAGCGGGGACGAAAGGUGGUCGCCAUCGAUGCAAACAAACGUAAUCUAGAACUACUUAUUACGUCUUUGCAAAUGGGUAAACUAACGCAAAACGUUACGCUGUUGUGGAACGCUUUGUCAGACAAGGUGGAAACAAUGAACCUAAGAUUAGACUUGGGAAUAGCUGAAAAAAAUAUUGGGGGUACACGUGUUGAGAGUGGUGGAACUUUCUCCGAAAUCGGUACUACGGUGCAAUCGGUGACGCUCGAUGAUCUGAUUGGACAUUUUGGAAAGCAUUCAGUGUUCAUAAAAAUUGACAUUGAAACCAGUGAAUGGAAGGCGCUCAUGGGUGGCAAACAGUUCUUUGAAUCGGUGCAUAUCAAGUACAUACUCAUGGAAUGGAUGCAUUACAAAAACGACAAACUCUGUUACGGCGAUUACAUUAUCAAUUUUCUCUCUGACAGAUCAUUCCUUGCCUACGAUCCUCAAAAUAUGAACAGAGCGCUUAAAAUCAAAGACAGGUACACGUGGCCGACGGAUGUAUUGUGGAUGAAGACAGCAUAAGCUUUUCACAUUACACAAGAUGAUCAACCCGUGAUCAUCCCAUAGCUUCAACGCGUUCUUGUUAACGUGAACAUAUCAAAAGUGUUGUUUGAUGUCUUGUAAAACAUAUUUUAUCAUUUAUUGAACUUGACUGACUUAUAAUUGUCAUUUAUGAAGCUAUGUUAAACAUGGACGAUAAUAAAAGGAUGGGCAAUUAGAAGUUGCGUACUGUCGUAGUGACUUAACCAAUACUAUAGAUUGGAUUUUAACACGAUAAUUAUUCCGAGUUCGAUAUCCUUGAAUGCUUUUUUUUAUAGAUUUAGUUUAUAUUAAAUUGUCAAGUGUUG